UGCUGCCAACAGGUUACGGUUGUUUGCCCUGAGAUCGAUAACCAAAAACGAGCCAAAAUUAAUUAAUUUUUUAAUUAAUAAAUGUGAUUAAAGUGUGUGGUUUGUUUUAGAUAAAGUGUCCCGUCUUUAAUUUGGGGAAAAAAUCGCAACUUUGAGAAAUAACCUUGAUUCUUAUUGCAAAUUUCAAUCAGUGUUUGUUUCUAACCCCCUAGUCGUGUUUUUGGUAUAAAAGACGUGCUACCGCGAUUGUAACCCCAAAAUGUCCAAAAGACACGCCGAGGAGAGCACGAGCGGGGGCCCGCCUCCCAUCAAGAAGAUCCACUUCGAGCCCCAUCUCAUCGGGCCGGUGUCCACGCUCGAGGAGAUGGACAUCAAGGUGUUGCAGUUCCAGAACAAGAAACUGGCCCAGAGAAUUGAGCAACGGUACAGGACGGAGCAAGAGUUGCGGCAAAGAAUCGAGCAGUUGGAGAAGAGGCAGACACAGGACGAUGCCAUGUUGAACGUUGUUAAUAGGUAUUGGAACCAGUUGAAUGAGGAUAUUAGGAUUUUGUUGCAACGGUUUGAUGCCGAGACCGCUGACGAGUCGGAGAAUAAAAAUGAGAGUGAGGCCACAACUUCGUUUUUGAUGCAACUUUCAACGUGGGAUAAGGAGGAGUUGAACGAUAAGUUGGCUAAUAGGGUGCAGGUGUCGCGGAGGGCUGUGGCGAAGGUCAUACAAGCCUUUGACCGGCUGAUGCAAAGGAACGAGAAAAUUACUUUAGCGCUUAAAGGCGAGCUAGAAGGCCAGGAUGCACCGAGUGUGGAUGAAGUCAUUUGCCAAACCAACGUCCAGCUCCAGGCUGAGAACCGCAAUUUGCAAGCCCUCAAUACAUCUCUCCAUGAAAAAUAUCACUCAAAUAGCCUCAAAGUUGCCGAAUUGCAAGACUCAGUCACGGCGAAAGAAACAGAAAUUGCCGAAUUAAAAAACCAAAUUGACGAUCUUCAAUACGAGUUGGAGAAAGUUCGCAAUCGAAACGACAAACUUGAGACACAUUUAGCUGAAGCUAUCGAAAAAUUGAAAACUUAUCACCAGUUGCAUGGAGAUCCGGAAAAGGGACCCCAACAGAAACAAAUCGUUCAGUCUAAUGUGUCUCAAGCCAAACUUGAGGACUUGACUAAGGAAGUUGAGGAGUUGACCGAAUUGGCAAACACUCGACUAGCAGAGUUGGAUAAGUUGCACCAAACUCAUCGCGAGACGUUGAAAGAAGUUGAAAAGUUGAAAAUGGAUAUACGACAACUCCCCGAAAGUGUUAUUGUGGAAACAACCGAAUAUAAGUGUCUCCAAUCACAGUUUUCGGUACUUUACAACGAAUCAAUGCAGUUGAAAACACAGUUAGACGAGGCCAGACAACAGCUACAAACCAGCAAAAAUGCCCAUCUGAGAAACAUUGAAAUGAUGGAAAGUGAGGAACUCAUCGCUCAGAAGAAGCUCAGACAGGAGGUUAUGCAACUUGAAGACUUCCUAGCUCAACUGCGCAAAGAAUACGAAAUGUUACGAAUCGAAUUUGAGCAGAAUCUAGCCGCCAACGAACAAACAGGUCCCAUAAAUCGGGAAAUGCGACACUUGAUCACAUCACUCCAAAACAACACGCAACAAUUGAAAGGGGAAGUGCACCGCUACAAGAGAAAGUAUAAGGAAGCAAACGCCGAAAUACCGAAACUAAAGAAAGAAAUUGAAGAUCUGAACGCUAAACUUGCCCAAAUGCAGGGCGCCAGCCAGGAUAGUAAAGAAAACAUCAAGAAGGAGGUGAAGCAGGAGGAAGAUGCGUCAAGUAGCGAAUCGGGGGCGCAGGUCAAGGAGGAACCGACUUCUGCACCGGCGGUGAAGAAGGAGGAAGACGAGUCAGAGCAAACUGAAGAAGGAGAUGGGGACAAAGCCUCGAAUUCGGGCAACUCACCCUCUGCUAAAAAAGACGCGGGGGUUAAGCAGGAAAAGGGCGCUGUGAAGAAGGAACCAACUGUUAAGACUGAAAAGGACCAUCGUGAGGCACAAAGGGCCAAAGACGCGAAAAUUGCCGAAAGUGAAAUGGUGCGCGAUCUUAAAAAUCAACUGAAGAAAGCACUGAACGAGCAAAAAGAGAUGAAACUCCUCCUCGAUAUGUACAAAGGUGUCAGCAAAGAACAACGCGACAAAGUCCAACUAAUGGCAGCCGAAAAAAAGCUUCGUACUGAAUUAGAAGAUAUCCGGCAACAAAUAAAAAAAAUGCAAGACAGUAAAAGAGACGACAAGAGAAAACUCGCCGAGGACGAAGCCCUCAAAAAAAUCAAACAACUGGAGGAGCAAAAAUACGAGUUGCAAAAGCAAGUAGCGUCGCAAAAACCGUCGGACGGUAACUGGGGCGGUCACAACGUCUUGCACCAAAUGCGACCGUUCGUUGGGUCGCACGAAGAAGAGGCGCUUUUGAACGAGAUGGAAGUGACAGGACAAGCGUUUGAAGACAUGCAGGAGCAAAACUCACGCUUGAUCCAACAGUUGCGUGAGAAGGACGACGCAAACUUCAAGUUAAUGUCAGAGAGGAUCAAAUCAAACCAGCUCCAUAAACUGGCAAGGGAGGAGAAGGACGUGUUGAAGGAGCAAGUCAGCACUUUGACGACUCAAGUCGAGGCUGCCAAUUUGGUUGUGCGGAAGUUGGAGGAGAAGGAGCGGAUUCUCCAGAACACUCUAGCCACGGUUGAGAAGGAGCUGGCGUUGAGGCAGCAAGCGAUGGAGAUGCACAAGAGAAAGGCCAUUGAAAGUGCGCAAUCAGCGGCCGAUUUGAAGCUCCAUCUCGAGAAAUACCACUCGCAGAUGAAGGAGGCGCAGCAAGUGGUUGCCGAAAAAACAAGCUCUCUGGAGGCGGAAGCCUACAAGACCAAACGACUCCAAGAGGAGAUCGCUCAGUUGAAGCGAAAGGCUGAAAGGAUGAAGAAGAUGGAGCUGGCGGGAACCACACUUGAUGAGGUCAUGAUGGAGGAAAUUCGCGAAUAUAAGGAGACACUGACUUGUCCCUCGUGCAAAGUCAAGAGGAAAGAUGCGGUUUUAUCCAAAUGUUUCCACGUUUUUUGCUACGAUUGUCUCAAGACGAGAUACGAGACGAGGCAGAGGAAGUGUCCAAAGUGCAACUGCGCGUUUGGCGCCAACGACUAUCAUCGCCUGUUUUUGUCGAAUUAAGGUACGUUUAGAGUUAAGAUUUUUCCAGCGCUUUGCAGCAGAACAUUUGUAAUAAAAAGUCUUGGUAGUA